AUGACCUCGGGGGACACGCACGCGGCGACGGCGGCGCUGCUGGAGGCCAACGACUUCUUCGGACUCGACAGAGAAGAAGUGCAUUUGCUGCAGCAGCAAAAGGUGCCCGCGCUGGCCGACAUGCAGGCCCGACUCGCCACCUGCCCCCGCGACCGCUUCCAGCUCGAGCUGAAGCCCCACGGCCACGGCGACGUCCACUCGCUGCUGCUGCGCUCCGGCCUCCUCAGCAGCUGGCAGCAAAAGGGAAUCCGCUGGGUCACUUUGCUGCAGGACACGAACGCCGCAGUCAUGCGCGUCCUCGCGGCCGUCAUCGGCGUUUCCAAGCAAAGGGGGCUCGCCAUGAACUCCAUCGCCGUCCCCAGGAGGCCGGGGGAAGCUGUUGGCAGCAUUUGCCGCCUCGUUUCGGCAAACCGCGAGCUGACUCUCAACGUGGAAUACAACGUGCUGGACACUCUCUUGAAGGCCACGGGAAAAGGCGGAGACAAAGCGGGACCUGAAGGCUAUUCACUUCUUCCCGGAAACACCAACGCGAUUGUGCUGAGUCUGGAGCCUUACUUGAAGGCUCUGGAGAGCUCGGGGGGUCUUGUGCCGGAGUUCAUAAAUCCCAAAUUUAAAGAUGAAACGAAAACUUCCUUCAAGUCCCCCGCCCGACUCGAAAGUAUGAUGCAGGACUUGCCUCUGCAGCUGUCGCCUGAAGACAAGGUCGGCUUCGUGGAGCUCCCCCGCUGGUGCUGCUUCAGCCCGGUCAAGAACUCCGUCGAAGACGCGCGCAAGAAAGCCGCGAGCGAUUUGCCGCCGGAGUCGGCGCUGAGUGGCGAGGCGGAUUUGUACUACCAGAACGCGCAGUGGAUGAAGCUGGCAGUGGCCUGCAGCAGCAGCAGCAGCAGCAGCAGCGGCGGCAGCAGCAGCGGCUCCGUGGUCAUUGCGGAGCCCAAGCCCGUUUGCUUCGGAGGCGUUAAGUACCAAAUGGGCCCCAAAAUUGUCCUGUGUCCUUCCUGGGCGAUUUCGCUGCUGCAGAUGAAGGAGAAGCUGCAGGGCGCCAACGUGCAGAUUCAGCAAGACUCGGCGCUGGUCAUUUCUGGAGAUGUCAGAAUUCACAAUUUGGAAUUAGACGGCGCUUUGCUGCUGAAGGCGGACCCUGGGGCGUCGCUGGUGGUGGAGAGUUUGUCAGUGCGCAACGCGGGGUGGGCGUUUGAGCCGCUUUCUGAUGCUGCUGCUGCUGCUGCUGCUCCCGUGGAGGCGCUGCGGGGCUUUUCAGUGCUGCGGAAAGAAGCAAAGGAAGUUCAUGUCAAGAGUGGGACUGAAGUGAUUCGGGAGUGA